AUGUCCUCUCCCAAAGUCUGGUUCAUAACGGGGACGUCCUCAGGAUUUGGAAGACUCAUGACAGAGUAUGCCCUCGACAAAGGAGACAUCGUAGUAGCAACCCUCCGCAAACCACAAGUCCUAUCCGAUCUUGCAGCCCGAUACCCAGCAGACAAGCUCCUCGUACUCAAAGUCGACGUCACAAAGCAGGAAGACAUCGAUGAAGCAUUCGCGCGUACGCGUUCAGCGUUCGGACGGCUGGACGUAGUGUUCAACAAUGCCGGAUAUUCAAUUAUCACAGAAAUCGAAGGCACGCCCGUUGAUAAAGCGCGUGAGCUUUUCGAGACAAAUUUUUGGGGUGCGACGAACAUUAGUCGUGCUGCAGUGAAGUUUUUUAGAGAGGUGAAUGAACGGGGAAAGGGGGGGACCAUUCUUCAAAUCAGUUCGAUUGGUGGGUUUCAUGCGCGUCCUGGAAUCGGUUACUAUGCUGCGACCCUCUCGAGAGAGUUACCGCCUUCAUGGAACAUAAAGAUCUGCAUCAUCGAACCUGGCUUGUUCCACACAGACAUAGUGAACAAGGCAGAGGUGUUACCACAGCAUCCAGCAUAUACCGAUGAGUCCUUUGAGACUUCAGUAAUGCGUCGUAGGCUGGUCCGCGCAGCGUUCGAAGGAGAUGCGUAUAAAUUCACGCGGACCGUUUAUGAGGUUGUACAAGGAGGAAAUAUACCAAAGCGGUUGCCGAUGGGGUUGGAUGCGAUCAAGUUGUUGAAUGGCAAGAUCGAGUUAUUUAAGGCGACUGUGGCUGAGACGAAGGGGUUGUCGGUGGAUUUGAAGAGAUAUGGUGGGGGAAUUGGGCUUAUGUGAGAUGCAUCCGAGUUGUGCUGUGCAUUGUAAUAUAGAAUCCAUGGAUCAUCAGUGUUUGACUUCGUGCGCAGGAGCUCCUCAAAGGAGGCCAAGUUCAAGCUUGAAGCCCAAAACGCUGUAAAGUUUAUGCCAAGUACACCGCUAAUGUUAGGUUGCACAUACAUCUUGACUGUCUUCGUGAUCCGAGAACUGAAUUGAUAUGUGGUCGACCGGUCAUGAAUCAUGCAUGAUGAUGCAAGUUGUCUGCGAGGG